GGUGGUGCACGGGCAGGAGGAGGAGGAGGAGUUUGCGGUGUCAGGCUCGCAGUGGAAGUGAGAGCAGGGGAGAAGACGCCACAGGACCACAGACCGGACCGCAGCAUCCUCCAGUUCCAGUUGCAGUUGCUGUUUGCACAACAAAGGUGUGUCCCCCGGUCCCGGAGCCCAGAUGGAGCGCAUGGAAGACGACAAGCCUCAGAAGAAGAAAGUCACCUUGUACCUGCUUUUCUCCAUCUCCACCGCCGUCAUUGGCUCGCUGCAGUUCGGCUACAACACUGGAGUCAUCAAUGCACCUGAACAGAAACUGCGUCGAUUCUUCCAGAAUGUUUCUCUGGACCGCUACGGCGAGUCGUUCAGCCCCGGGACCACCACCAUGGUGUGGAGCGUGGCGGUGGCCAUCUUCAGCGUGGGCGGCAUGCUGGGCUCCUUCAGCGUGGGCAUGGUGGCCAACAAGUUCGGCAGGAGGAAGUCCAUGGUGCUGGCCAACAUCCUGGCCCUGGUGGGCGGUGCUCUGAUGGGGCUGGCCGACCUGAGCCAGUCCUUCGAGAUGGUCAUCGUGGGCCGCCUGGUCAUCGGUGUGUUCUGCGGCCUGUGUACGGGUCUGACCCCCAUGUACGUGGGCGAGCUGGCCCCCACCGCCCUGCGGGGGGCCUUUGGCACCCUGCACCAGCUGGGCGUGGUCCUCGGCAUCCUGGUGGCCCAGAUCUUCGGACUGGAGUCCCUUCUGGGCUCGGACUCUCUGUGGCCCCUCCUGCUGGCCCUCACGGUGCUGCCCGCUCUGCUGCAGAGCGUCAUGCUGCCAUUUUGUCCUGAGAGCCCGCGCUACCUUCUCAUCGUCCUCCACCAGGAAGAGGCGGCCAGGAAAGCCCUGGUGCGUGUGCGCGGCACUGAAGACGUGAGCGAGGACAUGGAGGAGAUGAAGGAGGAAGGCAUGAGGAUGGCCAUGGAGAAGAAGGUGACCAUCUUGGACCUUUUCCGCUCUCAGAACUACCGGCAGCCCAUCAUCAUCGCCAUCAUCCUGCAGCUUUCCCAGCAGCUGUCGGGCAUCAACGCCGUCUUCUACUAUUCCACCAACAUCUUUUCCACAGCAGGCGUGGAUCAACCAAUCUACGCCACCAUCGGUGCAGGCGUGGUCAACACGGUGUUCACUGUUGUGUCGCUCUUCUUGGUGGAAAGGGCGGGCCGGAGGACCUUGCACCUGAUCGGACUGGGAGGAAUGGCCAUUUCUGCCCUGAUUAUGACCAUCUCGCUCUCUCUGGUGAAAAAGAACCCCUCCCUCAGCUACUUGGCCAUCGUGGGGGUCUUUGGCUUCGUGGCCAGCUUUGAGAUGGGCCCCGGCCCCAUCCCCUGGUUCAUCGUGGCCGAGCUCUUCUCUCAGGGUCCCCGCCCGGCCGCCAUGGCCAUCUCCGGCUUCUCCAACUGGACCGCCAACUUCCUGGUGGGGUUAGGUUUCCCUAAACUGGAGGAACUGUGCGGUCCUUACGUCUUCAUCAUCUUCAUGGCGCUGCUCAUCUUCUUCUUCAUCUUCACCUUCCUGCGGGUGCCCGAGACCAAAGGGAGGACGUUCGACGACAUCGCCCAAGGGUUCGCCGCCAGAGCCUCGUCCUCCGCGGAGGUCCCCGAAGCGGCGACGGCUGCGGCGUCGGCUGCGGCGAUGGCCGCGGCGACGGCUGCGGCAGACCCGCCUGCCAGCAAAGACGCCACAGAGACGCCCCUCUCCCCGUCGGAGAAAGUCCCCAUGGUGGAUCUGCCCUCGGACACGCCGUGAGAGAGCGUAGGAAAAGACAUUAUGUUGCGAGCUGACAACAGAACUCGAGCUGCGGGCCACAACUGUGCCCCCGGGGCCGCUCUUUGGACACCCCUGCUACAGGGUAUCUAUGGAAUGUUGUCUAACUAGGAAGCAGCUUUUUUUUUUCGUACAUGAAGCUGAAUGUGUUAUGCUGCGCCCUACAAAGCGGUAAUACUGUAAGUAUUGUACUUAUCACACACCGGCUGUUCGAUUGCAACGUUUUAUCUUGAUUGUCCUUUUCGUUACCGAACGUAGACGUGUUGAAAUCGCCAUUUAAAAUUGGUAUUGCUAACAGUAGCUUGUUAGCAUCUAGAAAAUUCAACGUUAGCAUCAAGCUAGCACAUUUUAGCACAAGUUUGAGUGCUUUUUACCCGGCAUAUUUGCUUUGUGGGUGUUAAAAAUUGCAACCAUACUAAAAGGGACGUUGGCUGAGUCGGCUCUCAGUGCUGCUUGACUGUUUUUUCUUACGUAAGCCGUUUUUUUGUCCAUAAACCGUACGUGACAUCACGCAUAACAAAGGUACGGAAACAUGGCACCGUUUUACUUGACCGAAACCGAUUCCCGGUCGUACCGACGGAAUUGGAUCUGUGCCUGAGAGUACCAAACUCGGUACCAGGUAAAUAAGACACGCCCCUUUUAGUAUGUUACAAUCUUCUUCUUUUUUUCUUCAAAAGAAAUGUUUGUAUACACCAAUUUUUUGGGUCUCAAAAAGGCAAAUAAGUCAUGAUUUAUUGUUAUUAUUAUUGUAUUGCAUUGGGCUAAAUGGCCCUUCCUAAGAUGGCCGCCACGAAGACUCGUCGCGAUCAAAAUCAAUUUUCAAAUAUGUACGUCGACGAUAUCAUUUCCUUUCAGUUUAUUUACAGCAGGUGGGUACACGAUAUCGCAAUUUUCAUUGGCAACAAAACGUGAAUUAAAAAAAAAAGUUAUCAGAAAAAUGCACUAGCUUGAUGUUAAUACGCAUUGGAUUUGCUAUUGACACGCUACAGAUUAGCAUUAGCGAUUUUACAUGGCGAUUUCAACACCUCCAAAUGGGUCAAUGAAAACUCCAACUGAGAUGCACUUUAGAGGCGUAUCAAGUGCACUACAUAGAGUAUUAACACUUUUAAGGGCGCAGCAAACUGUGCACGACUGCCAUCUAACGCCUUGGACUCGCAACUGGGAUUGCCACACUUGCAAAUGAGACUCAGAAAAGUGAUAACAAAACAAGAUUUAGAUGCAGUUGUCAUAAUUACCUCAUUAAUAAAUAAUAAAACAAAUAUCUAUAGAGUUUUAGUUAUAGAAAACAACAAAUUUUAUUGACACACAAAAAAGUACCGAAAUUUGAGUACCGGUAUCGAUUACCAGGUAGCGGGAGUUGGUAAUGUAUCGGUUCGAAUGUGAAGUAAUAUAAGACAUUGGGUACAAAACAAACAUGAUAAAUCAAGGUUGAAAACCGUUACCGUGGCAACGGUGAACCGUCGCGACCAGAACUGUACCAGCCUUUAAUUGGAAAAAAAAAAAACGCAAAGUCAAAAACAAUGUUUACCUUUUGUCCUAAUCUGCAAACAUACAUUUCAAUGAAGUCCCUCAUUUGAAAAAUGUAUUCAAAAAAUAAAAUAAAUACAUAGAAAAUAAAAUAAAAUAAAUACAAAAAUAAAAAUUCCAAUGACUCGUUAAAAUUCAUAUUUUUUUUAAAUACACUUAAUUUUUUUAUUUUUUUAAUGUAUGUUUUUCUUUUUAAACAAAAAAAGUCAAACGUUGCAACAUCACAGCCAUAAUGACCGACAUCAAAACACAGUAGCGCAGUAAGCCUAAGUAAUCGUAAAAAAAACAUUUUUUUAAUAUUUUUUUUAAAGUUCCAAGUUUAUUUUUUUAUUUUUCCCACAGUUUGAACAGUAACACUGUGUUUGCAUUUUUCAAUGAAGUGAUUCUUCAUGGAGUAAAACCCAUUUAAGGAAUCACAAUUUAGGCGCGUUUAAUAAUCUACUUACAUUGUUAUGCAGUUGGCCUAAGUAAUCGUCAAAAACAAGACAGAGGGUUUUUUUGUUUAUAAUUUUUUCUUCUUUUUUUUUUUAAACAAGUAUAUUCAAUAUUUUGGCCACGGUUCGAACAGUAACACUGUGUUUGAAUUUUUCAAUGAAGUGAUUCUUCAUGGAGUACAACCCAAUUUAAGAAUCACGAUUUAGACACGUUUAAUUAUCUACUUAUAUUGUUAUAGUUUUAGGCUUCCGAUUCAUUGGUGGGCGAUACGGAUAGUCGACACCUGACUGAUCCCCUUGGCUUAAAAUAUGUCAUCAUUGCGCAAAUUAUACGAUUAUUCAAUGAUCAGAACAUUUCAAAUUAAAGGUAUCAGUUUGGUAUUGACCUUCAGUAUCGGCCAGCAUUCCAAUCAAGUGUUAACGAGUGCUUCUUCGUUAUUAAAAAAAAAAAAAAGUGUCUGUGAAAUUGUUAUAAGUACACCUCUGCAUGACAUUUUAUCUUUAUGAACAUGAACGACGACAAAAAAAAAAGUUUUUAAUCCGGACUACAUUUUUCAAAAGUGUUAAAUGUGUUUUUAUCAUGUUUGCUUUUGCACAAAAUGACAAUAAAAAUUUCUCAGAAGAUUGUUAACAUUUA